AUGACUACCCCGUUCGACGUCAAAACGAUCGCCGUCAUCGGUGCUGGGCCGACUGGAUUGGCGGUUGCCAGGUACCUUUCGGCGCAUCGAGACUUUGAGACUGUGGUCGUCUUCGAGCAGCAGGCCCAAGUAGGUGGUGUCUGGAACUACAGCGAGCACCCGACCACCUCUCUCAAUGUGCCUCAGACGGAUCCGUUCUGUCCGCAGGAUCCUCCGCUCCGGCCCAAGCCCGGUGCGCCUCCCGUGUUCCCCACCCCGAUGUACAAGACACUCCACGCCAACACCAUCAAGACGACGAUGAACUACAAGGAAGCGGCGUUCCCAGAUGACGCGUGGGUGUUUCCGUCUCGGCAGUCCAUUUACAAUUACCUGGUGGAGUAUGCCAAGGACCUGCGCCAUCUCAUCAAGUUCUCCCAUCAAGUCGAGGCGCUCGCCCUGCGACAGGAGAAUGGCAGAGACAAAUGGGACGUUGAAGCAACUUGCACGAUCAGCGGUCGCAAGUUCAGUGGCGCGUACGAUGCGGUGGUUAUCGCUAACGGACACUACGACAUUCCCUUCAUUCCCGACGUGAAGGGUAUCAAGGCAUUUCACGAGGCUCAUCCCUCAACCAUCCUGCACUCCAAGAAUUACCGCAUUCCCGGGCCCUUCGCGGGGAAGAAGGUGAUUGUGGUCGGUAACGGACCGUCAGGUCUGGAUAUCGCCCGUCAAAUCAGCCCGGUAUCAGACAGGGUGUAUCUGUCUGUCCGGCACCCGACGCCACCAGACAAGGUCCAUCACAUUGGCGUAACGGAGGUCCCGCAGAUUGUGGAGUUCCUACCAGAUGAAAAGGCGGUUGUUUUUGAGGGCGGAAAGAUUGAAAAAGAUGUCGAUGCUGUCAUCUACUGUACCGGCUUCUUCUUCAGCUUUCCGUUCCUCCCUGAUCUACUCAAGCCGACUCUUUUGACAAACGGCAAAGGCGUCCGAGGCUUGUACCAGCACCUGUUUCUCAUAAACCACCCAACCCUCGCCUUUGCCGGGUUACUUGUCAAGACAGUGCCCUGGCCGGUGGCCGAGAACCAGGCUGCAGUCCUCGGGGCGGUAUGGUCGAACGGGCUAAAGUUACCACCCGUCGAGGACCAGGAGAAGUGGGAGCUCGACCUCUUCAAAAGACGCGGCGACAAGAACAUCCAUGUGAUGCCCGAUGAUGGAGAUGAUGGUCGCCACCUCAACAUGCUACAUGAUUGGGUGGCGGAGUCGACGAAGAAAGGCAAAGAACCUCCAUAUUGGCAUGACGAGCAGUUUUGGGAGCGUGGGAUAUAUUGGCCGAGCAAACAGGAGUUCGAGAAGCGAGGGGGGACUGCAACGACGCUUCGAGAGAUUGGCUUUGUAUAUCCGGGAGUAGGAAAGUGGAGGCACGUUGCGCCGAAGCUGUAG